CCCUCCAAUCCCUCCCCCGCCCCGGCAGCGGCAGUCGACGGCCGGCCCGCGUCGGCACCGGUCCAAGGAACGAUUCCGGUCAUCCUCCCCGCCCCGACUUCACCCGAAUUCGGGGCCCCGGAGAUAACCUAGAACCUACUACCGCGAAGGACAGCCCCAAAUGGCCGAGGAUCUCUCCGAAGUCGCCGCCUUCAUCGCCGGAAUACAAAAUCUUCAAAACCAUCCAGUGGAUCGUGCUAUCCCUGCCGCGAGAAAAUAAGUCAGAUCAUUGUGCUAGCAGCUGGUCGGACCUUCCCUGGGAUCUUCUUGACCGCAUCGUACAACACCUUGAGCUCCCCGGAACUCUUGCUAUGGCAGCCGUCUGCACUUCAUGGCGCUCUGCCGCGGCGGCUUCCGGCGUCCCUCGUUCUGGCACACCUUGGCUUGUGUCCCGCGAAUCUGAGCCUCUCACGAAAACGAAAGGCAGUGAGUUCCGGAACGUUCUCGACCCCGAUAAGAUACACAUGGUUAGCUAUCCUCAAGGACGGCGUAACCUCUCUUGGUGUGGAGCCUCCCAUGGUUGGCUCAUUGCCUCUGACGAACUCUCCAAUCUUUUGAUCUGCAAUCCCUUCACGUUGGCCAUGAUCCCUCUCCCGCCUAUUACUGAUCUGGAAUGUGUCGAGGGAGUCUACGACAAUGAUAGAAGCAUUGCUGGUUAUUAUUAUGGAAAUUCUGACAAGCUUAUCAGUCCUCCAGAUUACAUUGGCCGCUGGUUCUACCAGAAGGUGGUGUUGUCAUCUGAUCCAUCUCCAUCUCACGGCGGUGGUGACUACAUUGCCAUGGCCAUCUAUGGGAAUAAUCAGGUUUCUUUUGCGAGAGCAAGAGAGAACAGCUGGCGACAUGGUACGGCUCUUAGUGAGAUGGGGAAGGAUUCAUACGCUGAUUGUGUCUACCACAAUGGCAGAUUCUACACGGUGACAAUGUGUGGGGUGGUCGAGACAUGGGAUCUUAAUAAAGAGCCAGCACAUGAACCAAACAAACAGGUGAUCAUUGCUGGCGGGGAUGGGAGAUACAGGAGGAUUCUUACCAGGUUCCUGGUGUCUACUCCCUGGGGUUGUCUCCUGCAGAUCCGAACUCAACGGCGCAAUGAUCAUCCUAGGAAGGUCAUGGUUGAUGUGUUUGAGAGGACGUGGGCAUAGCCCAGUGGUUGGGGGCGCAUGAUUGUAAACCUAACGACCAGAGUUCGAUCCACGUCGGGGACGAAUUUCUGGAAUUCUCAUGAGGGAUGCUUCUUCUAUAUCAAUAAAACCGUGGGUGCUAGUGCCCAUGGAGUUUCAUUUUUGAGGACGUGGGCAUAGC